CGUAGGCACGCACAGCGACGAGCGGGCGAGGGAGGAGGGAGAGAUCGGAGGCGCCCCUCCCAGUCAGCAAGGUUGCGCAUGCCCCUUGCAACCGCCAAGAUGGUGGUGGGCGCGUUCCCUAUGGCGAAGCUGCUAUACCUGGGCAUCCGGCAGGUCAGCAAGCCGCUUGCCAACCGCAUUAAGGAAGCCGCCCGCCGAAGCGAGUUCUUCAAGACCUAUAUCUGCCUCCCGCCAGCUCAGCUGUACCACUGGGUGGAGAUGCGGACCAAGAUGCGCAUCAUGGGCUUCCGGGGCACGGUCAUCAAGCCGCUGAACGAGGAGGCGGCCGCCGAGCUGGGCGCCGAGCUGCUGGGCGAGGCCACCGUCUUCAUCGUGGGCGGCGGCUGCCUGGUGCUGGAGUACUGGCGCCACCAGGCGCACCAGCGUCACAAGGAAGAGGAGCAGAGCGCCGCCUGGGACGCGAUGCGGGACGAGGUGGGCCGCGUGGCGCUGGCGCUGGAGGCCCUGCAGGCGCAGGUACAGGCGGCGCCGCCGCCGGGCGCCCUGGAGGAGCUGCAGGCGCAGAUGCAAGAGGUGCGCGCCCAGCUCUGCGCCGCAGGCCCGCCGCCCGCGCCCCAGGCAGCAUCCACGUCCCAGAAAGUGUCCUCAUCCGAGGAAAAGGAGCCUGCCGAAGCCUGCACUUAGACGUGGCCCUGUGUGUCCUGAUGUGGCCUUCUGCCUGCGUUACCCCUACCUGUGCUGGCCCAGUGGAAACCACCGGGAUGUGGAUGGAACUUGGAUUAGGUCACCCCAUACCGACCCGUGGUACCUUCCCCUGCGACCAGCCCCCAGCAGGUGAAGCGUUCCAACAUAGCCCCCUCCAACCUCUGGCUCAUUUGGUACAGUCCGCAGUGCUGUCUCUCCAGCUCACUCCAAACCACAAAGACCUAUGGGGUCCCAGCCAGCAGGACAACGUGCUCACUCCUCCGGCAGAAGAAAAAAUGGAACCGGACUUGAGCCAGAUCGAUCUAUCAGCCCUCCAUCUACUUGAUCAGUGUUAACUUUUCCCCGGGACUCUUACAUCGGAAUACCUCCUUCCCUUUGUCAGUUGGUACAGGCUGUCGUAAGGAAGCGCAGUGUCUUUCAGUGAGCGUCUGCCUCUCCCACCUUCUAAGGUGGGCUUUCUCUGGGCAUCACUCCUCUUAUGAGGGAAAAAAAAAGGGAUCUUGGCUUGCAGUUGAUCCAUCGAAUAUUACACCUUUCACCUUAACCUGAUCCGUGGUACCUUCCCCUGAGACACUCAAACGGAAUAUUCCAACAGAACCCCCCCUCAUCCUUCAGUCUGCGGCACAACCCACUGGAAUGGCUAUGCAGGGUCUCCUGGUAAUGCCCUACCAACCCUGCUUCUGGUGGAAAAUUUGAUCCUGUCUGUGGCUAGUCAGACCUGUCUUUCAGCCUCAGCCCCCUGUCAACCUGUCCUCAGAGUCCCUGGGCCUUUCCUGACGUGUCCUUUCCUACCUUCCCCACUGUUUCUUCAGUGGCCUCUCUCAGGGGACUGCCGGCCAUGAUCACAGCCCCCAUGUUCCGUCCGAUCUCUAGAUCUCUGUGCUAUUGCCUUCCUUCCCUGCAGCUCUGGACUGGUCCAGCUGUCCCCCUCCUGCCUCCGUAACCCCCUCUAUCCCGCCGGGCUAGGCCACCAGUUGGUCUUAGCUUUGUUAUUUAGUUUCCAGGGCUGCCGUAACAAGUGACCACAAACUCGGUGGCUUAAAACAACAGGAGUUUAUUCUUUCACAGUUCUGGAGGCCAGAGAUCUGAAAUCAAGGUGUUCGCAGGCUCACGCUCCCUCCACAGGCUCUAGGGGAGGAUCCUUCCUUACCUCUUCAGCUUCUCUUGGCCUCAGGCAUUCCUUGGCUUGGGCCCCCCUAUCUCCAGUCUCUGCUUCCAUCUUCACCUGGCCUUCUUUUGCUCUCUGUCUCUUGGAAAGACUCCUGUCGUUGGAUUCAGGGCUUACCCUAAAUCUAGGAUGAUUUCACUUCGAAAUCCUUAACUGAAUUACAUCUACAAAGACCCUUUUUCCACAGAAGCUCCCAUAACUUUCCCUGUGUUAGGAUGUGGACACAUCUUUUGGUGGGCCACCAAUUCAACCCACUACACCUCCCCACCCCAGGAGUACGCUGGGACUCCUGCCAACCCCGUGGGGCAUUCAGGGAACCACAAGGGUGAGAGGAACAGUCCAGGAACCACCAUUCAUUACCUGGAGUCUCUUCCAGGACUCACCUCUGAAGCAGGAGGGGUCUGGGCCCCACCAGUCUGCAUCCUGUCUUUCAGACUGUAGAUGUUUUCCAAUUAAAAGAGCCCUGGAGAGAGGAAAUCAUCUGAAGGGUGUGUCAGAGAAUCAUGAUCUGAUCUCCAAAAUGAGUACAAGCCUCAUUAAAAUUAGGAGAGAAGCUGGGAGAGUUCUGAUGGGGGUGAGUGGUAGAGCAUCGUCCAAGAUGGGGAAACUGAGGCCCAGCGGAAGCAAAGGGACUUGCCUGAGGCCAGCAAGCCAGUGAGGUGAUGAAGCAGUAAGAGCAGAGGCGGGGAGGGAGAUGGAGAAGGGAUGCAGGGUGCUUGAGGGUACUGGUACAGGGCAAGGAGGAAGAUGAGAGGGAGGUGGAUUGCUGGGAGAGGGGCAGAGAUCUCUACACAGAGGCCAAAGGCAGCCGAGGGGCAGCAUUGAGAGUGUCAGAACAGCCCCAGAUUACACCCAAGAUCUUAGCAUUUAAUGAAUGAGGUUAGAUCCAUUCCACCUGGGCCCGUUUCCCAGCAGCUCUAGGUGAAGUGGGAGGGGCCAGCUUUCUCUCCCUCCCUCCCUCCCUCCCUCACCUCACUUCCCCAGCGGAGUGAAAAUACUCUGGACACAAGACCUCCCCAGAGAGAAAACCAAGAAACCAGGGUUCUGAAACAGCAUCUUAAUUCCUUCUAGAAGAGCCCCCUCUGAUGUAGAGGGAGCUGAGGAGGUGGACCCCAGGUAGGGGUGUCUUUAAAAUUGGAAGUGACUUGAGUGGGUUCAAUGACGAGGGGAAGAAGGCAAGAGACAGCUACCACUGGAUGAUGGGGUGAUUGAUGGAGCCAGGUGAGCAGGCUUAGAGCCUGUUGCCAUGGUUACCCCAGGGAAGUCCACUCUGGCACUGACACAUCCCUGGAGCAUGGGUUGCCACAGGCCGGGGACUGUUUUAGUGCCCUCCCCACAUCAU